GAACUGUCUUCUCAGGAGGAGGGUGUCACUUCCUAGUUUGGAUGCUUUUAUUUAGUAAUAUCGUAUUUGAUUAAUUUAUUACCCUUAUUAAACAAAACGUGAUCUGAUUGGAAGCUGAUUACACGGUCUUUGCAUUGGGCAAGAUGUCCCAUCAAUCUGGUAUCGUAGCCUCUCAAGAGUUAAGAGAUUUCCUAGCUGGAGCGAAAGAUGGAAGCGUCAGGGUUAUAAAAAUUGCAAUUAAAGAUGAAAAGUUAGAGUUGGACCACCAUGAUGGCCCUGAGAAACAGCCCUGCUAUAUUUUCUACAGACUUGAUUCCAAAAAUGACCAGGGCUAUCAAUGGGUGUAUUUACUUUGGAGUCCAGAUAAUUCACAUGUAAGACAGAAAAUGUUGUAUGCUUCAACCCGAUCGACAUUGAAGUCAGAGUUUGGAGGUGGCCAGAUUAAAGAAGAAAUAUAUGGAACUGUGCUUUCUGAUGUAAAUUUCAAUGGUUUCAAACGCCAUCUGUUGCACCAAGAUGCACCUGCUCCUCUAACUGCUGCUGAGGAGGAACUGGCAGAAAUCAAGAGUCUAGAGGUGAAGGCUGAGAUCAGUGUUGACACAAAGCACCAGACAAUGUCAGGAGUACAUUUCCCAGUGUCAUCCGAUGCACAGCAGCGGUUACUAGAACUGAAGGAUGGUCAGCUAAAUUAUGUGCAGUUGAGUUUGGAUCUCAAGAAAGAAACUAUAGAGCUUGAAAGUAUAGAUGACACCACUGUUGCCACCCUACCCUCCAGGGUUCCUACUGAUCAUGCAAGAUACCAUCUAUUUAAUUUUAAACACACUCAUGAGGGUGACUAUAUGGAAAGUAUAGUGUUCAUCUACUCCAUGCCUGGCUACUCAUGCUCAAUAAAGGAGAGAAUGUUAUACUCCAGUGGCAGGGCUCCGUUUCUAGAUUUCAUUGAACAGAUAGGACUUGAAGUAGCCAAAAAGAUUGAAAUAGAUGAUGGAAAAGAACUAACAGAAGACUUCUUACAGGACGAAGUCCACCCAAAGAAAAAUGUUGCAAAACAAAAGUUUGCACGCCCCAAGGGUCCUGGUGGGCGGGGACCUAAACGAAUGACUAAACCUAACCCAAAUGGGAACGGAAAUUAACAACAGUCUCAAAAUAUGCAAUAUAAUAUUUUAUAAGUUUAGAUGUAAAUAUUGAGAAAACAUAGAAACAGGGAGAAAAUAAACCAAAAUAUAAAUGUUAAAUAGUAGAAUCUGAAUAUCAGUUUAUAUACGAUUGAAUCAGUAAGCGCAGGCGGCGAUAUAUAUUUUUAGCUUAUAUAAUAUUGAUCCCAUUUGUGAAAUCCGGAUGCCAACUCAGGAGCUGGAUUGUUACAGUUGUUUCUUAACUAAGAGAUUACACAUACAGUGUAUGUGAAGUUAUUCAGACAGUAUAGACAAAAGACAGGUCAAGUUGAAAUGGAAGUUGUAUAUCAUAUCGAUUAAUAACUUAUUUACAAUAUAAAAAAAAUUAUUCAUGGAGAAAAUAAGUAAAAUGUGAACCAUUCAUGAAAACCACAUAUAAAACCAAGAAAUCCUAUCACCUAUAGACCUACGUUAUUCUCUUAGUGAUUGUAAGAUCUACAUACCCCCUCCCUAUAUAUUGAUUGAAAAUGAAGCAAUGUGAGGGAGAGAGAAGCAGAAACUGCCAGUAUGAAGGACUGAACAGAAUCAAUGCCUUUGGAGUUUGAACUGGUCUCAUCAAGAAAAUAAGUAUUUCAUACUUCUGUAUUUAUUAGUACUUUUAACUGUCUCAAAAAGAUGGAAUUAUUUCCCAAUGACAAGGAUCAGUUAAAAUGUUUGAUAAAUGUAUGUUAUUAGUUAUUACUAAUAAUUACGUAUCUGCCUGUACUAUCAUUUUGGUCAUGCCGAUUACAUGUUAUUCAUCUGUAAAAUCUGAACUUGAUUCAUUUAGAGAUUUCAAGUUCACUUAACAAAACUCUUAUUCAACUCCACUUUCAUUUUCAAUGUAGAAUAUGGCCAUUGUGUUAUUAUACAGAUGUAUUUCACUAUUUAAGGGAAAAAAGUCCUAUGUUAAUAUGUAAUAAUUUGAACAGGCAAGAGGCUCAAAUAUGUUUACCAUUCUGAAAAAUCCUAAAACUGCUGUAAAGAAACAAGCAUAACGAUGUCUUUCAGAAAUGGAAAGUAAAAUAAAUAACAUUGUAAAAAACAA